AUGUCGUUCACCCAUAGUCACUCACUGACGGUACACCGGAGAAUUCACACAGGGGAGAAACCGUACCAGUGUGACGCGUGCGACAAAUCGUUCAUCCAAAGUAGUGCUCUGACGGUGCACCGACGAAGUCAUACAGGAGAGAAACCGUACCAUUGUGACGUGUGCGACAAAUCGUUCACCCAAAGUAGCGCUCUGGCGGUGCACCGGCGAAGUCAUACAGGGGAGAAACCGUACCAUUGUGACGUGUGCGACAAAUCGUUCACCCAAAGUAACCAUCUGGCGGCACACCAGAAAAUUCACAUAGGGGAGAAACCGUACCAAUGUGACGCGUGUGACAAAUCGUUCAUCCAAAGUAGUACUCUAACAGUGCACCGACGAAGUCAUACAGGGGAGAAACCGUACCAUUGUGACGUGUGCGACAAAUCGUUCACCCAAAGUAGCGCUCUGGCGGUGCACCGGCGAAGUCAUACAGGGGAGAAACCGUACCAUUGUGACGUGUGCGACAAAUCGUUCACCCAAAGUAACCAUCUGGCGGGACACUGGAAAAUUCACACAGGGGAGAAACCGUACCAUUGUGACGUGUGUGGGAUGUCGUUCACCCAUAGUCACUCACUGACGGUACACCGGAGAAUUCACACAGGGGAGAAACCGUACCAGUGUGACGUGUGCGACAAAUCGUUCACCCAAAGUAGCGCUCUGGCGGUGCACCGGCGAAGUCAUACAGGGGAGAAACCGUACCAUUGUGACGUGUGCGACAAAUCGUUCACCCAAAGUAGCGCUCUGGCGGUGCACCGGAGAAGUCAUACAGGGGAGAAACCGUACCAUUGUGACGUGUGCGACAAAUCGUUCACCCAAAGUAACCAUCUGGCGGGACACUGGAAAAUUCACACAGGGGAGAAACCGUACCAUUGUGACGUGUGUGGGAUGUCGUUCACCCAUAGUCACUCACUGACGGUACACCGGAGAAUUCACACAGGGGAGAAACCGUACCAGUGUGACGUGUGCGACAAAUCGUUCACCCAAAGUAGCACUCUAGCGGUACACCGGAGAAUUCACACAGGGGAGAAACCGUACCAUUGUGACGUGUGCGAGAUGUCGUUCAACCAAAGUAGUGGUCUGACGGUACACCGGCGAGUUCACAAGGGAGAGAAACCGUACCAAUGUGAAAGGUGUGGCUUGUGUUUCACUACUGGGAUCGAUCUUAAGAAGCACUGGUGGACGCAUGUAGAAAAUAUAGAGUGA